GACUAGGCUCAGGGCGUGACGGUGGCCGAGAGCGCACAGGGCGGCGGACGGUGGCCGACGAGGUCCGGCAUGGAGCACGUAGAGCGCUGCGCGUGGUUCCUCAGGGGGACGCUGGUGCGAGCUGCCGUGCGGCGCUACCUGCCCUGGGCGCUGGUGGCCUCCAUGCUGGCGGGCUCCCUUCUCAAGGAGCUCUCCCCGCUGCCCGAGAGCUACCUCAGCAACAAGCGCAACGUCCUCAACGUGUAUUUUGUCAAAGUGGCCUGGGGCUGGACCUUCUGUCUCCUCCUGCCUUUCAUUGCCCUCACCAACUAUCACCUGACAGGCAAGGCUGGCCUGGUCCUGCGGCGGUUGAGCACCCUGCUUGUGGGCACGGCCAUCUGGUACGUCUGCACUGUCAUCUUCUCCAGUGUUGAACACUACACGGGCAGCUGCUACCAGUCCCCAGCCCUGGAGGGGCUCAGAAAGGAGCACCAGAAUAAGCAGCAGUGCCACCAGGAAGGGGGCUUUUGGCACGGCUUUGACAUCUCAGGCCACUCCUUCCUGCUGACCUUCUGUGCCCUCAUGAUUGUGGAGGAGAUGGCUGUGCUGCAUGAGGUGAAGACGGACCGAAGCCACAGCCUCCACACCGCCAUCACCGGCCUGGUCGUCGCCCUGGGCUUCCUGACCCUCAUUUGGGUGUGGAUGUUUCUGUGCACUGCUGUUUAUUUCCACAACCUGUCCCAGAAAGUAUUUGGCACCCUGUUCGGUUUGCUGGGCUGGUAUGGGACAUAUGGGUUUUGGUAUCUGAAGUCUUUUUCCCCAGGACUUCCUCCCCAGACCUCUCGUUUGAAUUUGAAGCAAGACAGUUAUAAGAAAUAAAAGAGAAACAAAAGGAGUGACAGCAGGACAAUGGGUAAUAUAUUUUUCAUUUAUUUUUCUUAAUUAUUUGGCUAAAUUAUUGAUCCUACAUCAGAGAGGAAGCUUACCAGGCAGUUUUGGUGGGUGAUGGUGGAGUCUGGGAAGUGAGUUCACCCUCCAGACUGUUCUUGGCGACAUCGCUGUGUGUCACAAGCGCCACCAUUUCCAGUCAGGCACUUUUUGUCCCUGGCAAGACUUGACCUUAAUCUGGACUGUCCCUUUUGUCCCUGGAGGGCACUUAGGCUCAGUGAGAGUGCAGAAUCAGGAAAGCCUCCUUUGUGUGGCUGAAGGGGAGGCCGGGGCCUCAGGACUCCUCUGCUGCCCUUGUUCUCUCCCUGAUUCUAGUUUCCUUUUGUUUUAGUGGCUGUUGAUGCUGUUAUUUGACAAUAUUUCUCUCGGGUCAAAGUAACCAACUGUUGCCUGAAAGACAGUGGUUUUAAUAUUUGUUUCAUCUGUGGAAUGUUAAAUAUUACAACUGGCUUGUGAUUAGCUAUCAGAACACUUAAACUGGAGUGCCUCUCCAAGCGAAUAUUGGAUGCUUUUCAUAUAAUGAACGGAGAGAAUCUUCUGUCAUGUUGUCUACUGUAUAUAUUGGUGUUUGAAGCAAUAAGGUUAACUUUUCUUUAUUUUGAGUGAAUGCUUUAUAGUUUUUAAUAACAACUCUGCAUUUGUUCUUUGUUGACGAAACUCCUGAAAAUAACUCAAACUCCACUGCUGCACUUUGGCACACGUGUGUAGAUUGCUUUGAGGGUUUUUUUUUUUUUUUUAGAACACUAACUUUUUAUAAACCAAACUCUUGGCUUUAUGGUAAUAAAUUCUACCUUGUGAGGCUCUUUUCUCUGUUAAGAAUAAAACCAGGAAGUAGACAUUUUAAUAACAACUUGAUCAAUUUUAAGCCAAGUCAGAGUAAUUUUACAAAAUGUGUAAUUGCACUGAAACUUUCCUGAUCACAUGUCAUUGGUAUAUAAACUGACCUAUGCUUCAGAGACAUAUGUAUGUUGAUCAUUUGCUGUGGCCUAAAGCAUUUUUACCUUUUGGAUAUGAUUAUGAUAAGUCAGAAGUGAAGGGAUAUGUCUUCCAUUGCCUUUGAUGGCAAGAAACUAAGCUGUUUGCACAGAUGUCCUUAUCAAAUGUUGGCAUGACUUUGGUUCCACCCUCCUCUUAUCUGGGCCUAUUCUAUUGGUCUUGGAACCCCCUUUUAUGUCCCCUUUGCAGCCCUUCUCAAUUUCCCACCUUGUGAUUCUGUGGUCUUGAUUGUGAGAAUGCUGGGAAGGAUUAGAAAUCCUGUCACCUCCCCCUCACAAAGGCACAGUUACACCCUCUUCCCCUCCCCUAGGCUGUCUCCUUAAGCCUUUCAGACUGAACCCCUUGCAUAUUGGAUAAUCAUCUUUGAAGCUUCUUUGAUGCCCCCAUUCCCUCCCAGUUAAUAGCAUACAGAUAAGCACUGCACUCACUGGCUUAACUCAAGUUCAGGUGUUAGAAGCUUGAGCUCUGGAAAACCUUCAGGGUACGUUGUAUUUCAUAUAAUGAUUUAUUUAAAAUAGGAAGUUCGUAUCCCCUGUGUAUCCAGUUGAGCUGCAAGUUACCUUGUAUCAAUCAAAAUGUGAGGUGGCCCGGGGCUGGUGUGGCUCCGUGGUUGAGUAUCAACCUAUGUACCAGGAGGUCAGGGUUUGAUUCCCCAUCAGGGCACAUGCCCAAGUUUCAGGCUUGAUCCUCAGUGUGGGAUGUGCAAGAGGCAGCCAGUUGAUGAUUCUCUCUCACCAUUGAUGUUUCUACCUCUCCCUCUCCUUUCCUCUCUGAAACCAAUUAAAAAAAAAGAUGAUUAUUAAAAAAAAAAGUGAGGUGUGUUACCUUGUACCCGAAGAAGGUAACAGAAACACUGGCAAUGAAAUUUUGGAGGUGUCACCCUGGUGAUUUGGGGACAUUGGUAAAGGGCAGUGGCCCCAGAAGAUUAGUUUUGCUCUGUGGAGUGGGAGUGGGGUGGAAGUGGGGAUGGGGUAGGUAGCAGGAGCUUGUGGAAGGGAUUGAAAUCUCUCCAAAGUUUCAUGUUCAGCACCAAAAGGCAACAGGCACAAGGUGACUCCAGAAGUUCAUUUGUCACACUUAAAUCUCUAGACAUUUUUCUCGUCUGGGUCUGAGUCAAGCUGAGCAUUCAAUAACUCUGCAGAAAGUAUCCAUUACUGAGCCUUGCACAUUGAUUAGUCUUCCACUGCUUCCUGCUCAUUCUUAGCACCCUUGCCUUUUUCUUGGGAGCAUGCCCUCUGUCCCUAUGUGAGACAGUUUGGUGCAGCUGAGUUUGGGCUUAGGCAAACGAGAUGUGGGUUCAACUCUUGAUACCACUGCUGAGUGCCAUCUGACCAUGGGCAAGCCUCAUUUUCCUGGUAUAAUACAGAGGUGAUGCUGUUAGGAUUCAGGGAAAUGAUGCGUGUAAAAUGCCCAGCACAUGUAUAGUCCCCUACCCCUUUUUCUUGAUUAAGCCCUUUAAAAUUUUUUGGCUCCUCCAGAGAAGGCAGGGAAACUAACAUCUUUUGAGUGCCAUUUGGGGGUCUGUGUCUCCUGUUGAAAUAGGCUUGUAUUGUCUUUUGAAAAGUGUGUUGUCCCCAGGCGCUGAACAAGAGGCUUUUGAGGGCAUCUGUGAUCCCAGAGUACCGCCAUGCUUGUUUUGCCUUUCCACAUGGAGGUUCAUUCACCGACGCCUCGUUUUCCACAUGCAUCUGUCAUAGUCUGAGUACCAGAUUGUAUUUAGAGAAUGGCUCUUGCCACUGUUAUAUACACACAGAUCGUAUGUGUAAACAAGCAAAUUAAGUAAACUGGAGAUAAUGAAAUACC